UGUAAUUCAAUUCUCUGCGUGUUCUUGUGUUCUAUCUCUCUUCUUCCUUUUCUUUUCUUUGUAAUAAUAUAUAUAAUGUUUUUAAAAACACAAACUUCCAUUUUGGUCAAAACAAACCAAAAUUUUUAAUGGGAAGAAGAAAAAAAAACAUGGCUGUCACACAUGAUGAUCUUCUUCCAAGUCCAAAGAGCUCUGAAUUGGGCAGCAAAAUGGGUACUUUUCUUAUCAUUUUGACCAUUCUCUGUGGUCUAUGUUGCUUCAUUCUUUGCCUCAUUGCUGAGACCACUCGUUCUCAGGUGAUAUGGAUGGGUAUAGAUGAAAAUAAUAAGGAAAAAAGGAGAUGCUCGUAUAGCGGCAGCGGGAAGACACCGCUGCUGUGCACGGCGAGCGCGUUUCUGGGGAUGGCGGUGAUGAUGGUGGUGCAACAUUUGUAUGUGUUGAUUGCAGUGAGUAAGUCAGCUCCUCCUGCUCUCAUUGCUUGGGAUCCUUCUUUUGCAACUUCCAAAUCUCUAACCUUUCAAGCUGCUUUCUUCUUCGUUUCAACAUGGAUAAGUUUUGCAGUUGGAGAAAUUUUAUUGUUAAUAGGAUUGAGUGUGGAGUCAGGGCAUCUUAACAAUUGGUCAACUCCAAAAGAAAGCUGUUUGGUGAUCAAAGAAGGUUUGUUCUCAGCUGCCGGAGUUUUUCAAUUGGCCACAGUCUUCCUUGCCGCCGGUCUCUACAUGACCGCGGUCCGAGCACAGAGAAUGUUUGAACAGCAAGAAAAUGUGAGAAGAGAGGUAUUGGAAAGUUACCAUAUCCACAGUUCACCACCGCGGUCAUUGUCGUCGCCACCGCUGCAGCCAAUGCCGCCCAUCGCAAGAGAGGACCCUGUAAUAAGACAUAGCCAACACCAUCAAGAGCGGGCUCCUUUCUGGUCUCUGCUUCAAUCUACUGCCCCUUUUUGCAAACUCUCUGCUUAAAACAUUUUUUUUCUUUUUUCUUCUCUCUUUUUGGAUGAAAGAGAUUGUUUUUUAUAAAAAAAAA